AUGGAUUUUAAAACAACAGUGUCGAAUGAUUACCAGUGGCCGUUUUCCAAGCCUGUUAUUGGCAAACCAUGCGAGCCGCCCAGUCCAGAUGCAGCGCCGAUCGUACGGCCCGCUCCAGUAGCUCCUUACUGCCACUGCGAUGCACACUCUUAUUCACCACGAGUGGAGCAGUACAAACAACUCUUGGAAAAAGAACAGAAGUUAUGCCAAGACUAUGAGCAAUUGCGGAAACAGAUGGUAGACGUCACCAACGAUAUACUGGACCAUCCGUGCGAUGACCUCGACGGUAAAAUGAUGACGAUGUAUCAAGCAACAUUCAUCAAAAGAUCAUAUCCGACGACAGACUAUAGAACUAUAAUAGCAGCCUCUCAGUCAAAUGCUCCGAUACCAAUGGAGACACAUAGUCUCGGCAUGUUACGCUGUUACAAAGAUCCCACAAACUUCACCGACCAACCUCCCACAGUCCGGCCCACUAUCAAUCCUCCAGGACCGAUCCACACAGGAGUAGCCCCUAAAGCCAUACAGACUUGGUUUGCGGAGUACCCUGGUAGGACAGAAUAUAUGGACACAUACAGUGCUUCAGCUAAGGCAUGUUGGCGGUCCAUGCAAAGAUACAAGGAACCUAUGCCCUCAACCAGAAGGAGGGCAGACGACACCUGCAUAUAA